AAUUUAUGUUCCAGGAGGGGAUAGGGUUAAUGUGGCACACUACGCUUCACUUAAAUCUUGUAGUUCUGUUUCUAUUUCUGGUACGAAAGUUGUGCGAUUCUUCACUUUUAAUCAAGUUUCAUGACGAAUGUACAUAUGUAUAUCGGCCUCUAUGCCUAUGUCCCUCUUAUUUAUAAUGCAAACAAAUAAGAGAAAGAAUCGUAUUUCAUCCUAUGGUAUACUCUACUAAUAAGAUUGAAGUUUUGAUGUACGAGUCUUGUCGUAGCAACGAUGUUUUUACGAAAAACAUAGGUGGCUACCGUCACAAAUGAAAUAUAGUCCAAUGCGUCACGGUUCUUCUAUUUAUAUGCUUUAUAUAGCGAUAAGCAUCGCUCUUUCUAUGUCACGUCUUGUACUACGAGGAGAAUAGAUUUUUACCCGUAUGGGGCAACACAAAUUCGUUUUCAUUUUUGAUAUAGGGCGGUAACUUAGACUUUAGUUCUAUCACACAAAGUAUAGGUGUCUAUGUACACGCGGCAGACGCUUGGCAUCAUUCUCAAAAGAAAGCACAUGGUCUUCUACUGAUGUUUCUACCGACGGUCCUAGAUGGAAUAAAAAGAACGUCGCUUUACUCUCUUCGCGUGUUGCCUAUAUGCGCGGCAGAUGCGACGCCGUUUCUGUUAGUCGUACAAAGCUUGGUGAACUUUCUGCCUAUAUAAAAUGAUGUGGAACGAGAGCGGAAUUACACAUUUCGUAGACGGCAGUCACGUUGCGGUUUAUACAAAGGAAUCCAUUCUGUGCGAUUUAAUGCUUUGGCGCUUUUGCUUAUAAGAACAUACCCAUUCACAUACAUUAUUCAUUUCAUUAAUUUUCCCUGCGGAAUUGUCGCCACUUGAUCAUUUACUUUUGACUUUAAAUGAAAAACUCGAAACUUGUGAUACGGUAGUUAAAUGUGUUUGAGGAAAAUAUAUAUUUAGCAUGAAACGAUAAAACUGAAGAAACGAUACUCUAAUUCUGAAAAUGUUUGAUACGGUAUAACGAAUUACACGGCAAAGUGUAUGUCGUUUCAGAUAUUUUUACUCCACAUAAUAACGUGCUCUUUGAGUUGCUGAAUCUAUUUUCAUUAAAAUCAGCCUAAUUGGCUUCUAUACAAAUUUACUCUGAUUUGACAAGAGUAUUUGGCAUUUGACAAUUUCUAUUUCUAUAUAGAAAAAAUUUGCUUGAAUUUGACAAUAUUUUUGCCGAGCUCGCUAAUUCAACAGUGAAGAGCCAUAUUUCAUUAAUUUGAAGAAACAUUUUCUUUGCGAAAUAUAAGUCCCAUUUCGCGAAUCUUCAAAAUAUAAAACAUGGUAGGACGAAUCUGUCAAAAUCAAUAAUCAAACGGUUGAAGAAUAAAACAAAAGAUUUGUAAAAAAAUAUGAAGAAAAUGUAAUAAAACAUGCUGAUGGAUCGGUCCGUACGAGUAAACAGUCUUCGCGAAAUGUGCUUUCGCGUAAGUGCAAGCUCGAACAAGAGAACUAAGAGAAAAUGUGGAAGCCGUGUUGGAUUUACGGCUACCGUUCACAAAGCACUUGGGGUUUAUCGUGAAAACCAUUAGAAAAAUGGGUGCCAACCAAUCGGCUCGCAGCUUGCCCACUCCCGGUGAGGAAGUGAAUUUUGACCACUUUCAAAUUCUACGUGCCAUCGGAAAGGGUAGUUUUGGGAAGGUAUGUAUCGUACAAAAGCGUGACCGUAGCGGCAACAUGUAUGCGAUGAAGUACGUCCACAAAGGGGAGUGUGCUGAAAGGGGUGCCUUGAAAAACGUAGCCCGAGAAGUUGAGAUCCUGUCGAAAUUAGAACAUCCCUGCCUGGUGAACCUAUGGUUCAGCUUCCAAGAUGAAGAGGACCUCUUCAUGGUAUCGGAUCUGUUGCUUGGCGGUGACCUGAGGUACCAUAUCCAGCAGGACGUAAAGUUCCGCGAGGAAAAUAUCAUACUCUACGUGGCAGAGAUAUCGCUCGCUCUGGAUUAUUUGCAGAGUCAAAAGAUUAUCCACAGAGAUAUCAAACCGGAUAACAUACUACUGGACGAAGAAGGUCAUGCUCAUGUCACGGAUUUCAAUAUCGCAACUGUGCUGGAGGAUGGACAGCUGGCGACGUCGAUGUCUGGAACGAAGCCUUAUAUCGCCCCUGAGGUCUACAUGUGUUCCUGCGAGGAAUACGGAGUUCUUGGAUAUGCUUAUGCGGUAGACUGGUGGAGUCUGGGUGUCCUUGCUUGGGAAACCCUUGCUGGAGUACGUCCUUAUCCACUUCAUGCUGCGACGUCACACAGAGAAGCGUUGGCGAUCCUUCAGGAGGAUAGACAGCCUCCAGCACAUUGGAGUCCUUCCAUCCGGGAACUUAUGGACAAGCUACUUACUCAGGCACCAGGCGCACGCGUCUCUACACUCAAAGAGCUCAAACAGAUAACCGUGAUGAGCGAUCUUGAUUUUGAUAAAGUUCUCAGGAAGCAGAUUAAGCCUAUCUUUACACCGCCGAAGGAUCAUUUAAACUGCGAUCCGACAUUCGAGCUUGAGGAGAUGAUCAUCGAGACUAAACCACUUCAUAAAAAGAAAAAACGUCUUGCUAAGCAGAGGUCAUUGAGGGGUGAACUGCCGCCAGAAGAUUCCCCGGGGUCAGAGACAGCUGGUCCCGGUGUGGACGUACGGAGACUUGCUUACAUUCCUGAAUACAGGGUGUACAAUAGGGAACGCGAGAUGGAGAGACAGGAACGUGAAAGGAAGGAGAAACAAUGGGAAGAAGAACUGAACUCUGCCAUGAUGGGUGCAGAGGAGAGACUGAGACAAAAAAAUCAACCUAAAACAAGCAGUCGCUUGAGCGUCUCGACUGCGAGCGUCAAGGCACGAAUAAGCGCAUCUCCACGUCCAAACCGUCGAAGAAGUGGUACUACAUCCUCCGACAUUGACUAUAUAGACGCCAGUCCAGAACCCUCCACUUCCUAACUCAUGAGUGCUCGACGCGCAAUUGAAUCCUAAUUCUUUUAUAUACAUAUACAGUCAACGUGAAAAUUUAUAACAAUGUGAGAGAUAUAUACAUCAGAUGACGUUCCAUCAAGGAUACACAUAUGCGUGCGUCUUUUACAUCAAAAGCAAAGACAUAAGCUGAUACUUACAGGGAGAGCAUGGUCGAUCAAAAUGUAGCUUCAGUACGAGGGAUCCGCCUUAUUAUGCCUAGGCGAACCUGGACAAUCAUGAGAAUUUAACUAAAGUUAAGUUGGUCUUUGAGUUUUUCCUUUUUGAACAGAACAAAUCUUUGAUCAUGACUCAUAUCGAUUGAAACUGGGUUACCUAAAUUCCAUGCUAAUUGUCAUAUAUGGCAAUGAAUAAUUUAUACGUCACUUGGUCCAAUGAAUACUUUCUGGUAAAGCAAGUGGUGAUCUUUCAUUCGACACAAGAACCUCACACUUUAACACCUGUAUGAUUCAUGAAUGUGGCAAUAUCCCCACGCGAUAUACAAACUGUGCUAAUUUCCCUGUACAUUGUGCGUCAAUAUUUCAUUACGUUGAGUAGACGAUUUUCUUAAGUUAAUGCUGUACGUUCAAGUUGACGUGUACUCUAACGUGGAUGGAUUAUCCGUAACGUUCCUCAAUGCUUUGAACUGCACUUAAAUUAUUAAGACAUUGGAAAAUAUUAUAGCGUGUUCGACGGAUGCUGUAAGACGUUCAGAAAUAUUAUCACUGAGUAAUCUGCUUUGCAGAGAAUAUUACAUCUUCUGAUAUAUAUAACUCUGUAGAAUACAAGGACAGAAGAAGCUAUAAGUUUAUAUUUAUGAAGAAGAGGGAAAAAAAUAAAGAAAUUCUGCCUUGCCUUAUAAAGGUACUCUUGUA